GAGGGGCAGCGCCGCGGCGGCUCCCGCCCGCCCUCGCCCGGAAGGGCCACCCCCUGUGCGCGCCGGAAGUGCGCGCCCCCUCGCGCUUGCCCCUUCCGCCCGGCGCGGUGGCACCGGGCGAGGAUUGGCCGCGCGGGCAGGAGGAGGGAGCGGCGCGAGAGAGGCGGCGGACGAGGACGGUGGCGGCGGCGAUGGGAACCGGUGCGGAGCCGGCGGAGGCGCGGUGCGAUGCGGCCGAGGGGAGGGUCUACCUGGACCACAACGCCACCACCCCCCUGGCCCCUGAGGCGGCGCAGGCCGUGCGGGACGCCAUGAGCCAGGCCUGGGGCAACCCCAGCAGCUCCCACCCCGCGGGCAGGAAGGCGAAGGAGCUGAUCAGCAGCGCCCGGGAGAGCCUGGCAAGGCUGGUGGAAGGCCGGCCGGAGGACAUCGUCUUUACCUCGGGUGGCACGGAGGCCAACAACAUGGUGAUCCAUGCUGCCUGCAGGCACUUCCACGAGAGCCAGGCUGGGCCGGGGGAUAGCUGGGGGACACCGCACAUCGUGACGUCGAACGUGGAGCACGACUCCGUCCGGCUGCCGCUGGAGCAGCUGGUGAAGGAGCACCUGGCAGAAGCAACCUUCGUGCCUGUGUCCCCACAAAGCGGGCGGGCUGAAGUGGAUGAUGUCCUUGCUGCCAUCCGCCCAACCACCUGCCUGGUUUCCAUCAUGCUGGCCAAUAACGAGACUGGGGUCAUCAUGCCUGUUGCAGAGCUGAGCCAGCGCAUCCGUGCCCUUAAUCAGCGGAGAGCGGCCGAGGGGCUGCCCCGGAUCCUGGUGCACACGGACGCGGCACAGAUGAUUGGCAAGGGGCGCGUGGACGUGCAGGAGCUGGGGGUGGACUACCUCACCAUUGUGGGACAUAAGUUCUACGGCCCACGGAUCGGCGCACUGUAUGUGCGUGGCCCCGGCACCACCACCCCACUGCACCCCAUGCUUUUCGGAGGGGGACAGGAGAGGAAUUUCCGACCAGGCACCGAGAACACCCCGAUGAUUGCCGGCCUCGGCCAGGCUGCAGAGUUAGUGAGCAGGAACUGGGAGGCCUAUGAAGCUCACAUGCGGGAUGUUCGGGAUUACCUGGAGGCCAGGCUGGAGGCUUCCUUUGGGAAGCAGAGGAUCCACUUCAACAGCCACUUUACGGGCUCCAAGCGACUCUGCAACACCACUAACUUCUCCAUCCUUGGUCCAGGCCUUCAAGGGAGAAAGGUGCUGUCUCGCUGCAAGAUGCUUCUCGCCAGUGUCGGGGCUGCCUGCCACUCUGAGAAAGGAGAUCGGCCCUCCUCGAUUCUGCUCAGCUGCAGGAUCCCCUACGACGUGGCGCAGAACGCAUUGCGGCUGAGCGUGGGGCGAGACACCACGCGGGCAGACGUGGACCUAGUUGUGCAGGACCUUGUGCAGGCCGUGGCGCAGCUGGACCACGACCAAGCCCUGUAGACCUCAGGAAUUGCUCCCCUGCCAUCACCCAGGUUUUCAGGAUAUGACCCUGCUUAGCCCCUGGGUGCUGGCUGCCUUUGUCAGCCUGGGGCUUGCUCAGGGCUUUGUUGUCCUCACUGCAUGGUGGAGGCACUGGGGCAGCCUCACUGUCGGGUGCUCCUUGCUGUCGGGUGCUCCUCGCUUGCCAGUGCAUACCCAGCUUGCUGCGUGCAUGUUGGCAUGACGGACUCUCAAAGCUCAACUCCCUCCAGAGCUAACAGGCAUGGAAGCCAUAGGAGAUGGAUGGAGCCUUUUUCCCUGGCUGCUUUCCACAAAGGAAGGUUUCCUACUGUCUUAUCCCUUAGAGGAGGAAAGACCAUCUGCCUGAGAGGGAAACGAGCUGACAGAAAUGCAGCAAGAUGCUGGGCUGGGAACUGCCCUGCCCCUGCCAGGGCCUUGAGCUGCCAAAGGGCUUUUUGGCUGGGAAGGUUCUUGGGCCCAGCUUUCCCAGCAUUGUGUUGUAUUACCUGCUCCCCUUCCUUCUGUCCUUCCCACAGCGGGCAGAGAGCUCCUCCCACCAGCUCCCUGUGCUCCUGAAGAAAACAAGUUGUCCGGGCAGCCUGAACUGUGUCAGCACCCGAGGAAACGUUGUCUACCCUGCGUGGGCCCAGUGGUCACUCUCAUCACUGACAGGAGGACACAAGUGUCACAUGGAUUCAAAGCAUUGCUGCCGGGGCUGACUGAUGUCAGGGAACCUGGUCUCCCUGGGUAUUCAUAGGAAUAAAAGCAAUUGCUGCUCCUGUGGCUUUU